AUGCCUCCUAGAGUCACAUCGCCCGAAGAAGAGGAAGAAGCGGAUGUGGAUGGAGCAGAACGGGAUGGAGGAGCUGCUGAAUCAAACUAUCAAGACCUAAACUGCGCCUCACUACGUUUAACGUUUCUAAACAAGAAAAUUGUGAUGUUUGAUGAGAUGGCUUUGGUUGUGGGUAAGGAUAUGGCUACACGAGGUUUUUCUAAGGGAAUUGAUGAUAUAGGUGUAGAAGCAUUGGAUGACUCACCUCCGCUUAUUGACGCUAAUGUUGAUGACAUAUCCAAAAAGAAGCAAGUUAUACCUCACAUGUGGCCUCAAAUGAAACAAGAAAAUAUUUCUGAAAAUCAACUAAAUUUUGGUAAUCUUUAUGAAAAAGCUAUGAAGAUGGACGGGUUUGAGGAAAAUAUGUUUGCAUUUGCAUUUGACCAUUUGAAUGGGGAUGAAAAACAAGCAAGGUCAUUCAUGUUGAAAAAUGACAAGCUCCGUAGACAAUGGUUGUAA